AUGGAAUCACCGCCAAUGAGCUUAGGGGCAAUUUGGUCAUUUCUCCUUCUCUCUUCCAUUCACGCUCCAUGCCUCUGCGGAUCUGCUGCCGCUCACUUCUCCAACGAAACAGAUCGUCUUGCUUUGCUACACUUCAAACAUCUGAUAACCGAAGAUCCUCUCAAUUCCUUGAGCUCAUGGAAUCACAGUACUCUCCACUUCUUUCACUGGCAAGGAAUCACAUGCGGUGGUCGCCGCCAUCUUCAAAGGGUCACCGCCUUAAACCUCACAAACAAGAACUUGGUGGGACCCAUAUCUCCCUUCAUAGGGAACCUCACCUUCCUUAGAAGAAUCGAUCUUGCAAAAAACAGCUUCCACAGGACGAUUCCUGAAGAGAUGGGCCGAGAAAUUCUAGAAAAUCUGACACAGUGUUCUGAACUCAAUGUCCUCAAUCUUUACGGGAAUCUGCUCACAGGGAGGAUUCCAACUGAGCUUGGCUCUCUCACAAAGCUCACCAGAUUGAUCCUUGGUCUCAACAGUCUUACAGGAAGCAUCCCACCUUCAUUUGGAAACCUUUCGUCUCUCACUUACCUUCAUCUAUCAAGAAAUAGUAUAAAGGGCAGGAUCCCAGAUGAACUUGGUCAGUUGGUGAGGUUAAGCAUUCUUGCCCUAAGUCAAAAUGAAGUGUCAGGUACGAUUCCGCCCCAGCUAUACAAUCUCUCCUCUAUUAAUGUUUUGGCAGUGACAUGGAACAGAUUGCAUGGAAAUCCUCCACCUAACAGAGGCCUCACUCUUCCUAAUCUCCAAGGACUCUAUGCUGGAGGAAACCAAUUCACAGGACCCAUACCAUUAACAAGUCUAUUGCUGGCGAGUAAUAGGAUAUUCGGAAGCAUCCCAUCUGAGAUUCAGAAUCUGGUCAGCUUAACAGUGUUGGGUAUGGAUGAUAACUUUUUAACAGGUACUAUUCCCAUUGGUAUUGGGAGGCUUAACAAGCUGGGGAAACUUCACUUGAAUAUAAAUGAAUUAUCAGGGCAAAUUCCAUCUUCCUUGGGCAACAUCACCAGCUUGCUCACACUCAGUUUACGUGAAAACAAUCUAUCGGGGAGCAUUCCUACUAGUCUUGGCGAAAUUCCAAUUUCGUUGGGCAAUUGUCUCAGCCUAGAGUUUCUGUGGUUGGAUGGGAACUUUUUUCAAGGAUCAAUUCCUCCAACAUUUAGUACUCUAAGAGGCCUUCAGAUUCUGGAUCUUUCACGCAACAACUUGUCUGGGGAGAUUCCAAAAUACCUGGAGAAGCUUGCUUUACAGAAUCUAAAUUUAUCCUUCAACGAUUUCGUGGGUGAAUUGCCGAAACAAGGGGUCUUUGGAAAUGCUAGUCAAGUUUCAGUGCUCGGAAAUAGUAGGCUUUGUGGGGGUAUUCAAGAAUUAAAAUUGCUUCCAUGCUCUAACCAAGCUUCCAAGAAACGGGGAAAGUCUCCUACUUCAAAAGUAAAAAUCUCAAUAGUUGUUGUUGUCCUGUGUCUUGUUUUACUAUCAUGUUUCUUUGCCACUAUUUAUUGGAAAAGAAAAUCGAGAAGGGAACCUUCUGCUACGGUUUCUGUGGAGGAUGCUUUUGUCAACGUGUCUUAUGGGGAGCUCUUUAAAGCAACAGAUGGCUUCUCUUCUGCCAACUUGGUCGGCACUGGAAGUUUUUUGCCGCUGUAUAUAAAGGGGCUCUAG